UCCCUCUUAUAUCUGUCAUAGUUUCUGUUUUGAACUGCAUGCGGUGCUCGGAUCUCUUCCGUUUAGGGUUCUGGGUUUACGCAUGUAACGAGUUUCUUGCCACCAGAUUUGUCUGCCGGAGUCUCGGAGUCGGUGUUGCGGAACCUUGUGUGGUGUCGCAAGAGUGCUGUGUGUGUAUGUGUGCGAUGGCUGAAGUUCGUGUUCCGGUUCGUUACGGAGGCGCGUUCGGCGUUGCAUCGUUGGUGGCGAUAAUCUUGGGGUGGAUUUUUUUGCUCGGAUCAGUUCUUGUGCCGGGACACGAGGGUUUCCUCUUUGUUGGCGUCGUGCUUUGCUCGUGCGGAUUCCUCAUGGAGUUUGCCUUGCGCUCACCGCUGGUGAAAGCUGAUUGAAUUCUGGAUGGCGUCACUGCCACUUGUCAAACGACAAAGUUGGAUUGGCUUUGACGUGGCAGUCGGGCUUAUUUUGCAGUAUUAUGAGUUUGACAGGAGAUUGCUUUGCCGGAUGCCAGAUUCAUGCUUGGCGUAAGCAUUAGCAUGGGCGGCAGAUCUUCGGAGAAGUUCGUCUGCCUCUGCGGUUUUUAGUUGGUGAGGUCGGUUGGGACGCGAGAGGUUUCUAUAGGUGAUGGUAGGGAUUCCUUAGCAAUUGAAAUACUAUAUCAGUGAGAGUUGGGAGGUUUACGGAUUCGCUGAUCGUCUGUGGGCGAACUUCUAUAGUUAUGGCGUAUGAAAGAGGAUUAUCGCGGGUGCUGGAUGACGACGAUGAGGAUGAUGACGUUGCAGAUUUGUUUGACGAUGAGUUUUUGGAACACAUAGAGGCAUUGAAACAAGCCUGCCAGAUGUUACCCGGCGCCGAGGUAAGGCUCAAGAGCUCCUCAACCCUUGCAGCAUCCAAGUUUGGAGAAGAAGAGUAUGAGGAAGAGGGGGAUGGGGAAGUGGAUGAUGAUGAUGAUGAUGAUGAUGAUGCCCUACUUUUGUCGAUUGAGCGUAAAUUUUUGGGAAAAGGUGGCUUGGUAUCAGGGCCCGUUCGAUCUAAAGCAGUUCCUGCGAAGGAGAGGAUUACUCCAAGAGCCUCCAGUGAAUGUGAGGAGCGACAAGGAGUUGCCAAGGAUGGAGGAAUCACGGGUACGACUGCAAGACGUCCAUCUGUACCAGAAACUGAUGGAGUGUCCCAAUCUUUAAGAAGAUCUGCUCCUGUCUGUGAGAAUUCUUCUGACGAUGAGGAUGAAGAUCUUUUGAGGUCAGUGAAAGAAAGUUGUGGGGCUCUCGACCUCGUGAAAGCCUCUAAGCACGAGAAGACCACCCUUUCAAAUCCUCCAUCACUAGCAGUAGGGGAUGUAGAGAGAGAAGUCCUCUCUGGGGUAGUUGUGCCAACUUUCCGAGGCCUAGAUACAGAGUCUGCUAGAGAUGAAAGGUGUGCUAAUUCUACUGCUGAGGAGGACAAAGCGAGUGUCCCAGGCGUGGAGGCUGUUAGCAGUGACAAUGCUCAGGCGAUAGCUAGGUCUGAAGGGGCAGGAUGGAACACUGCGAUCGUCGAUACAGUUGAUGAACUACAGAAUUUUCUUCCGGCUCAAUUGAGUGACGAUGAGUUUGACGAGAAUCCAUUGGCGCUCACUAUUCAUGACACCAAGUUGGGAUCCUGUGGUGGCAAGACCAAGGUGCCAGAAAAUGUACAGGCUGUUACUGAUGCAUUGUUGAAAAAUAGGCUUUGCCAGCAAACUCUUAGAGAUGUGCUUCAGAAAGUGGAGAGGAAAUUGAGCGAAAACAAAGAAAUGCAACGACGUGCAGUAUCAUUAGUAGAGUAUCAGAAGGCUUGCACUCGCAAAUUCUGUGGUUUUACAGAGGUAGUUAACUCCUCUGUGGAGCUCAUUGCAACUAAACCUGCAUCUAAAAAGAAGUCAGGAGAGUUUAAGGUUAGGGGUCCUCCAGAAAACCCUGAUGUUGAAAUAUAUAGGAAACUUCAGAGCCAGCUUCCAGCAGAGUUUAAUGUUAAGAAGUGGACGAAGAAGGAAACUCAGGCUCUGUCCAAGGGGGUCCGGCAACAAUUGCAAGAGAUUCGUCUUCGUGCGAUGAUGGAAGGUUGGGACUCUGAUGAGGAAGGUCAGGAUUUCGAUGAGCAAAUGCGAACCAUAGGAGAGAAUGAAGAAGAGUUGAAGAAGGGUUUGCCAUUUAUCGAUUGGAACGAGGUGGCUAGAAUCUAUGUCAGUGGCCGGUCAGCUUGGGAGUGCAAGUUGCAGUGGGAGAAUAACGAGAAUCCUUUGUUAAACAGUAAACCUUGGACCAAGGCUGAGGACAAGAAACUGCUUUCGAUUGUCCAGGCACACGAUAUGGUGGAGUGGGCUGCUAUUGCAGAGGAGUUGGAUACUCAAAGAACGCCAGCACAAUGUGCCAUUCGAUACCAGCGAAGUCUGAAUGCGGCAAUUUUGCGUAGUGCUUGGACUCCUGAAGAGGACGAGCAGCUCCAGGCAGCGGUAGAGAAAUUCGGAGAAAAAGAUUGGCAAUCAGUAGCCGCCUGCAUGGAAGGCCGAUUAGGUUCCCAGUGCAUGUCCAGGUGGACAAAGGUUUUGCAUCCAGAUCGUCAUCGUCGAGGACGCUGGCUUGCCGAGGAAGACACCCGGCUGAAAUGGGCGGUAUCUGUAUAUGGGCCUCGAGGCUGGAAAAAUAUUGCCGCUCAUGUGCCAGGACGUUCUGAUGUUCAAUGUCGGGAGCGUUGGUGCAAUGUGCUUGACCCUUCGGUGAAAAUUGAUGAAUGGAGUCCAGAGGAGGAUGCUAAGCUAGAAGAACUUGUUGUCAAGUACGGGCGGCAUCGCUGGGCUGCAGUGGGAGCUGAGCUGGGUCGUACUGAUAAUCAAUGUUUUCGACAUUGGAAAUUAUUGCACCCGGAACAUAAGAUCUCUUUCAAGAAGGACAUGGCUAUUCGUCGAGCUGCUCUUGCAAAUAAUUUUGUAGGUCGUGAGAAAGAACGGCCGGACCUUGGCUUUCAGGAUUUUCUUCCACCUCCGGUGGCUGGUGAGGAAGAGCAUAACCAUCCAGCUUCGCCGAAAAGCUUAACCACAUCAACAGAAAAUGCCGUUCGUAAAUCAGGGAAAAGGCCGUCCAAGAAGAGGAAAACACCAGAGCUUGUUUCGCAAUCGACGGAUAACUUUCCAACUGAGACAGAAGUGCAGGCUGUCGUAGUUGACUGCGCAGAUGGUAGCAAUUCAAUGCCACUCAACAGCUCAAACGGUGCGAUGAGAAGACAAGCUGCCAGACCGGGAGGAAACGCCAUUAAGAAAAGGAAAUUACAAGUGUCCACUUCGACAGACGAGAACAUACUGGUUGAGAAGGAAUUGCAGAGAGCUGAAGGGAUUGCUUCAAAUGGUAACCAGGAGGUGCGGGUGAGAAGUUUAAAGAAAUCUAGGCCAAAAAAAGCUCCUAAGCCAGUGGAGUUGUCUUCUAAGAAGAUGAAGUCAAUGGAGCUUGCUUCAGAAACGAAUGAUGACCUUCCAAUACAAACGGACUUGCAGAUUAUCGAAGUUGCCUCUGCGGAUGGUAGCAAUGUAGCGCCCCUCAACAGCACAAAGAAAUCAAAGAAAAGACGAUCUUCUAAUCCUGGUGAGAGGGCGGCCAAGAAGAGAAAGACACCAGAGCUUGUGUCAGCUAUUACAGAGAAUCUGCUAAUUGAGAAGGACCUGCAGAGUGUUGAGGUGGAUUCAUCAAACGGUAACAAUGCGGCGCCGGUUAAUAGCGUAGAGGAAUCAGCGAGAAUACCUGGUUCCAAAUUGCUAUGCCGGAGAAAGAAAUCUCCUAAGCGAAGGGUGAAGACCUCCACGAAGACUCGGAUACCAGAACUCGCUUUAGUGUUGGAAGAGAUGCUGCCGAUUCAGAACCGAGUGCCAAGUGCUGGAGAAGUUUCAGGAGAUGGUGUGUCAAAUGAUAGUAUGGUCACUACAGUUGAAGGAGCGAGAGAAACUUCUUCAGUUAAUGGAAAUUAUGCUCAGGAGCCGUUUGUAAGAGGAGAUACAGGGAAUGGGGGUGGUGCCUCUGAUGCUGACCUAGUGGAACAUAGAACUAACCCAAUUUUGGUCAGCAACGUGAUAUGUUCACCAUGUAAUGAUGCUGUCAAAGAAAAAAGGGAUGAAGAGGAUGCAGAGUUGAUUGUGUACACAAGGCGGAAGAAUCGUGUUUCAAGUUGUAGUAGAACAUGCUCCGAAAACACUGGAGCUGUUGAGCUGAGCGCCACAGGGACUGUUACAUCGGGUGUUGGACAAGAUGGUCGAGUACAUGAGACAGACACAACCGCUGGUGAACUUAUCCAGGAGCCCAUCCUAAGGAGAUCUAGAAAGAAAUUAACGCUUCCUGAUUUUUUAUACAGCGGAUCUAAGGAUUGACAAUAUUGACUCCAGUUGGUGCAUUGGCACUUCAAUUAUAUUUUCAUUUCUAUUUCUAGCAAUUGUUGUCAUUCAGAGUCGCGUUAGGUUUUCUUAAGGCGUAGUUAUGUUCGGUUUAGAGAUUGUCUUCAGAGUUGGUCAUUUCGCGGUUGCACGUUGACGGUUGAAUUUUCACAACUAAGUCCAUGAAUUGCAGCACUCUCGCAUUGCCAACUACUGUCUACUUCUAAUCAUGUGCAAUUGCUUGAUUGCCUCAUUGUAUUAUGCUGCCUGUUUAGCGGUUGCCUAAAUCAUAUAAUCUUAUAUUUUACCUGGUCAUUUCCUGGCUGGGCUACCUGCGA